GGCCGAUCAAAAGGGGGAUGUAAUUACUGUAAUUAUAAGAUCCGUGGACGAACACCGGAGUUCCACUGUGAAAACACCUGAGAGCAGCAGCUUCUCCGUCACCUUCCGACAUAUUUCAAUGGCCCACCGGGAGCUGCAGCAGCAGGGAUGAGGAUCCGGCUGCAGGGUCCCGGCCACGCUGCCAGCCUUCUCGCUGAGCUCAACCGCUGCCGACAGUCCCGUCGAUACUGUGAUGUGUUCCUACAGGUUGGCAACCGCACGUUUGCGGCGCACCGUGCGGUGCUGGCCUGCGCAGGGACGUACUUCCGCAACCUGUUCGCUCGGGCUCCGGCCUCGUCCACCGCUGCCUUCUCUUUGGAGUUCAUCUCCCCGGCCAACUUUGAGAGGGUGCUGACGUUCGUCUACACGGGAGACAUCUUGACUGAUCUCAUCGAUGUUGGGGUGCUGUAUGAGCUAGCUGAGAGGCUGGGCAUCAGUGAACUGGUGAAAGCUUGUCAUGCUACUUUUCCUGACCUGCAGGCUUCUGUGUCUGCGAACUGUAAAGCAGCUGGUUCUGGAGAUCUCCCCCUGGACUCCAGCAUGGUGGCUGCUGCGGCGUCCACAGUGGCUUCUGUUAGUGCAGCUUCUGUAUCUGCAUCGUCUGCGUGUUCGUCUGCCGCCUCCUGCUCGUCUCUGUCUUCGUCUGCUGCCCCGACCCCUGCCGCUCCAUCACCUCUCUUUCUUACCAGGACGGCGAGGGACGGCCGGGAGGCUCACGCUGGGGCUCUGACUCUGGACCUGAAGGCAGAAGACAUCCAGUCCCACAUCGGCUACGGGCAGAUGUCGACAGAUCAUCCACCACCGGAAGGACACAGUCUUUUAAGCAGCAGCCAUUCCAGUCAUUGUGACGGCGUUCUGCCUCCUGGGCCAGUGCUCCAGCUGAAGACGGAGCAGGUGCUGGAGGACGAGGAGGCAGGAGGCAGCUGUGAUCCUGACAGAGACAGACAAAUGGUUUCUGAGAGUGCGGGAAGCUCUCUGCCUCAGAGCAGCGAUGCUGCACCGUCUGACUCCUGCUCCUUCCCCGACUCUUCGGCUCAGCUCGGCGCCGAGGCCUGCGACCCGACGUCGUCCUCAGGAGAGCCUCCGGGCAGCCUGCAGGGAGCACCGCUGGACGGCAGGCUGACGUUUGGAGAUGUGGAGGAGGGAGAGAAUGAGGACGAGAGGGAGGCUCUGCAGGGUAAUGGAGCAGUGGAGGGAACAGAGGAGGAGCAGUGGAGACAGCUGGCAGGAGAGAUCAUCGAGCUGAGCGACGAUGAGACCUUCAUGGAGGAGGGAGAUGAAGAGGAUGAUGAAGAUGACCUUGUGUGUGUUGAGAAUGGAGGAGGAGGGAACUCGAGCAGCCAGGUGACGGGCAACAUGUUGUCAUGUAAAGCCUGCGCAGUUUAUCUCCCAGCUGACUCGGCUGCCGUCAGAAAACACGCUGAGACCCACCUGACCGAGCUCGGGCUCUGCAGAGUGUGCGGAGCCUCGUUCUCGGACCGCGCCGCCGGCGUCACCCACUGCCUCUCGCACGUCGGGGUGCAGCUCUUCACCUGCGACAUGUGUCACUUGCAUUUCUGCAGCCAAAACAAACUGCUGCGCCACCACCGCCAGACCGCCUCCAGUUACACCAUUCCACAAGCGGCGCUGACCAGCAGCAGCCAAGGCCCGAGCGCCGAGCUGCAGUGUGCCGUGUGCGCCAAAACGCUCAGCAAGGACUUCCAGACUGUCAAAGACCACCUGCUGAGCCAUGUGUGUGCGCAGAGCCUGAGCUGCGGUGUGUGUCACCUCCCCCAGCUCUCCUUGUGCUCCCUGCUGUGGCACGCCCUCGCCCACCUGUCUCUGCCCGUCUUCACCUGCCCACACUGCGCCCGCUGCUUCGUGGAGCGCUCCCUGCUGGACAGACACAUGACCGCACACGCCGAGGAGGCGGAAGCUAAAGAGAGGGAGCUGAGGGCUUUCAGAGUCGGGCCAGAUGGAGCCGGUGGAGGUGGGAAUGCAGGAGUGGAGGAGUUGCAUUGCUUCCUGUGCCCACAGACUUUCCGCUCCUCCUCUUCGUUUCAGUACCACCUCAGCCUGCACACCACCGAGUCCCUGGGGAGCGGCGGAGGGGUCGGGGGUCAGGGCUGGCUGGGCAAACGUAAAGCCGACCAGUCGUUGGAGUGUCCUCCGUCUUCCUGCUCCUCCUCCUCUCCACGGGAAGUCGGCGGCCAUGUUAAAAUGAGCAACCUGGGUUUGGGGCUGGGGGUGGGCUUCAGCAUCCCAGAUAAGUUCUUUCAAGGGUCAGUGCACAGCCUGUCCUCGGGGAUCCUGGCCAACGGGAGUGCAGGGCCGGACGCGGGAGUCGGAGCAGCAGGCGUCCGUGGGAAGUGGUACCGCUGUCGCUACUGCGGUAAACGCUUCGCCCACUCGGGGGAGUUCACCUAUCACCUCCGCAUCCACACCGGGGAGAAGCCGUACCAGUGCAAAGUCUGCCUACGCUUCUUCAGGGGCCGCUCCACCAUGAUCUGCCACCUGAAGACGCACGCCGGCGCUCUCAUGUACCGCUGCACCGUCUGCGGCCUUUACUUCUCCACACUGAAGCUGGUGUCGUCACACAUGGAGCUGCACAAAGACCACCUGCCUCCGGACUUCAACAUCGAGCAGACCUUCAUGUACAAUGAUCACUCGAAAGAACCGCUGCCCACCAUGGACACCUGAUCAGCCUGGUGUCACUUUCUUUCCCCUCCUCUGACACUUCCUGUGUGUCUGGUUGUUGUGGACCACAUACUGCAUAUCAUAGAGUAGGGCGGCAACUGUCGAUUACUUUUUUGAUUAAUCGAUUAAUCGUUUAGGCGUAAAAUGUCAAAAGAAACGACUGUGACGAUAGAGAGCAGCAGGGAUGAGGUACAUUGGCAGGCUGAACAUCCUGGUUACACCAACAAAAACGCUUUUUUUUAAAUUGUUUUUUGAGUUAUUCUACAAAAUAAGCUCUUAAGUUAAUGAUGCUUAAUGAUUCUUGAUGUUUUAUGAUUUUUAAAGCGUAAAUAUACCAGAAGUAAAAAGCUAACGCACUACGUCGUGGUAGCAUCACUCAAUCUACAAGUCGUAAACUCAAGAGUUCAAAUAGUUUGCAGCUAAAAUAGAAGCUGAGUCUUCAUGUUCGGUAUCAAAGCGUUUCAUGUACCCGACAUUGUCUCGCCGAGCCGCUUGUUAGCGACCUCGUCUUUUGAGGUACGUAAACGUUAAGUGUUGCAGUAUUCCUCUAAACAACUGAAGCAGCUGGAGGCUUGUUUUAAAACAGAACAAACUAAAGAAAGAAAAUGGCUCCACGCGUCCGGUGUAAUCCUGAGAUUCCCAGAUUGAUUUGAAAUUAUGUUAUUAACACGAUCGACGACCGGUCGAGCUCGUGCGCCCGCUUCAGAUACAACAUGCGCUAAUGAUUUGAUCUUAGCAGCUACAGAGAAGAUUUAAUUGCCAGAGGCAUUUCAUGUUUUCUUAUAUGUUGUUUUUUUUUUUUUUAAAUGAGUCUCCAGCUUCUUCAGGUGUUCAGGAGAACGCUGCACUGCUGUUGCUGCAGCUCCAAAAAUAUUUUGUGGACUGUGUAACUUUACUCGACUUUAUAUCAACAUGGAGGUGACGAGAUAAUAACUGAACUUAUCCUUCAAGCACAGACCUUCAUUUUUAGGCAUCCAACCGAAAACCCAUUUAAAAAAACCUGAUUAGCUUUGAGACUGUCGAUGAGUCAUUCCUGCAGCACUCUGUUGAGUCGGAGGUGAAAUCUUCAGCUGGAUCAUUUUGUCCAAAACCUCAAAGAUAUCCAGCUCAAAAUUAUAUUCAACAGCAAAACAAGCUGCAAAUCCUCACAGUUUAGAAGCUGAAACAAAAGAAUGUUUUUUACUGAGUGAUAAAUGACCCGAACGACUGAAUCGAUUAUCAAAACUGUUGCAGGUGAAUUUUUUACCUGUUAGUCGACAGAUCGAUGAAUCGUGUCAGCUCUGUAAUAGACGUAGACUUUUAGAGAGUAGUGGACAUAUUAUCUGUCAGAUGCUGUUCGCUGAUUCAGCCCGCGUGGAGGUCGAGUCAGUUUGAACUGAGAUUAAAAAGAGGCCACGUGGUGGCAGUGUAUCCUGUUUGUGUGUCGGUGGAAGAAGGGAAGCUGUUUGUCCUGCAGCGCUCUGAACAAGUCUGUAAUCUUUAUAACUUUAAAUAUCAGGAUAGCUUUUUAUGUCAGUGAUUGAUGAUUAUUACACUGUUAUUAAAAGUAGCACCUCAUUGUAGCAUAGAAAUUAUUUUCUUAUAUUUGCAGUCACUAUUUUCACACACUUGAUUUCUUUUUUUUAAUGUCUUUUGCAGUUUUCACGUCACUGUUAGAAAACGACCAGCCACGUAAAGAGUUUUACUGUCCGUCACUGAAGCAUAAAAACAUGUUGUUGAUGUUUAGGGAACAAACAUGCCGUGUAGUCACAUGCUGUACUCAAGCACGUCGUGCUGUAAAAACAUGAUAUUUAAGUGCCCAUCACAUUUCUGUGUGUGUAAUAUUUGUGUCUUACCUCAUAUUUAUGACCACAGUGUGACUAUUUAUUUUGAUGCCUUUAUACGUUUCAUUAUCUGUUUCUAAAACAAUCUAUGAAUGUUGGUCUUUUUUUAAAUAUUGUUUUUAAAAAGAAAUAAAUAAUAAAAUGCCUCUAGGAACGACUGUUA